AAAGGGAUUGAGAAUUUGGAGGGAAAGGAAGUAAUGACCCAUGUUUCUCCCUCUCUUCGCUCAUCGCUUUCGCUUCUCUCUCAUCCUCCUCUGCUCUCUACAUGGCGCAAAUUGAAACCCUAGGGAUAAUUCAGGACCUUCAAUCCCUCGUCUCUGAUCAGCUCCAAGUGGUUUCAUAUAAAUGGCUGAGUCGCAAUUACUUGCUGUCAUCAAAUGCUGCGAAAAGGCUGCUUGAAGAAUUUGUUGAAAAACAUGGAAAUGGAUUGGAAGUGGUGUAUGCCUUGUCUGGCUGGUUGAAGAGCAGCCCUCAAAGCUACCAUAUAAGGCUUGUUUCAGGGCCUAAACUUGCAGAAGCCAAACAAGAAUUUGAGGGCACCUGUUCAGUUCAGGUUUAUAGCGUGCAAGCUUGCAUCCCGAAGGAUGCAGCUGUACUUUGGAAUGCUGAAUUUGUACAAGCAGAAGAGCUCUUUAAGCAGCCUUCAACAAUUGACAAUUGCUUGAGGGAUAACAGGUUCUGUGCAAUUAGCAAUGACUUUAUUAAGCGUAAUGUAGAGGGAACUCCAUCAAUUGUUUUGACUCCCCAGCCUCAAAGUGGAGGAGGGCCUGGUCCAUCUAAAAGUCAGUUGGCUCAUCAAAAUGUUGCAGUUCAACAAUCUGUGCAAGAAAAGGGAGAACAGCAUGGCUCAAACAUUGGUAUUCCAUCUCCCACUGUGGUAAAAGAAGUUAAAAAAGAAACUAAUGGGACUGGAGUUCAUGAUCAGGCUAACAAACCAACUACAAUUAAAGAUAAAGCUCCUUCUGUGCCUGCCAACAAGAAGAAUGUCCAGAACAGUAAAUGUUCUUCUGGUACAGAAGGUUCACUGGCUAAUUUUUGGAGCCGCGCAUCAACAAAGUCUAAGCCUAAAUGUCCGUCUGAAACUAGUAAUGGAGCUAGUGCAGAUGCACAGAUUUGUGCUCGAGAAGCAGUAGCUGUUGAGGGUGUCAGUAGUGAUGAUGAAGGCCAAGGUAUGAACUUUAAGAGAGCAUCCAAUGGUGAAGGCAAUAGAAAAAGAAGGAUGAUUAUGGAUUUCUCAGACAAUGAAUUUGAAGAUGCAGUUAAUUUAGCAUCACCGGACACAGGGAAAUCUGGUCGGGAUCUGAAAGAAAGUAUUGAAACUUUGGUUCCAGAGAAAUCCAAAUUGAACUUUGACCAGUGUGUGGAAGAUAAUUUAAAGGUCAAGGAAAAUGUGACAAUAGACCAACAAUCUGUCCCACUGGUGAAAGAAGAUUCUUUAGCUGUUUCUGGAAAGGCUGGUGGUGACAGGACUACCAGAACUUCCCCCAAAGAGAAUAAGCAUAGCUCUAAUCCGGAAAAUGAUGUGAACAAGAAGGAUAAACUAACACGUAGCUCUGUUCCAGAAAAUGGUGUGAACAAAAAUGAUAAACCAACAAAGGGUGCUCCAGAUUCUCCUAAAAGAAGAAAGGUGCUGAAGACACAAAUAGAUGAUCGUGGAAGAGAAGUGACUGAGGUUAUCUGGGAGGGUGAGGAGACAGCAGCAGAAAAGGCUAAAAAUGCUCAAGCAGAGAAAGCUGCCAGUGGUACGACGAAGAAAGUUGAGAAUAAUACUGCCUCCAGUAUUCUUAGCAGGCUGCCUGCAGUGGUUAAGAAGUCACCAGCAGUUGGAGGAACCACUGCUCUGUCGAAUCAAACAGGUAAAGGUGCAAACAAGAAAACCAGAAACAAGGAUCCGAAGCAAGGCAACAUUCUUUCUUUCUUCAAGAAAAAGGUUUGAGGAGAUGGAAGCCUUUCAGAUUCUUUAGUUAAUCGGUUGGAUUGGAUUGGAUUGGGUGGUUUUGUUGUUUGCCCAUGUAAUUCAGAUAUUCUGAACUAGUUAGUUUUAACUUUGGCCAGUUUGUACAUAUGGACCUUUCCUUGCUAUUAUUUCCAAUAUUACAACGUUGAGUCUGUCAACUUUUUCUCUAUUACUUUUACUCGAGGUUGCCAUGAUGCUUCCUUUGAUUUCAUAUUCCAAUAAUGCUGUAUAUGAUUACAAAUA